GAUCAUAGAGGAAAGAACAACCAUCUGUUCGAUCAUUUAUUUAACUGUUGUAAUGGUGAUAAUCGGUGGUGUGAAUUAUGUUCGUGCCAGAGUUGUUCGCUCUGUGAUUGACAAUCCAGAUGAUGUUUCUAUCAAGCUGUAUAAUUUAAUUGGUUAUGAAGGAGAGGAGAUUGCAUUUGUAUGGUCAAAUAGGUACGUAAGGAUAAUAGGAUAUAGUGAAAGCAACCUUACCUGGUUUGGGGAACGUAUACCCCGGCCAUGCGGAUUUUUUGGAAUGGGCAUCGAGGAAAUAAAACUUGACGAUAAACGAGGUAUCCUUUAUGUCAAGUUAUCAAAACAAGCGACUCACAAAAUUGACUUCACAAGACCCGUUGUAUUUGUUCAAGAACUACUAGACAAGCUAAGCCCAUCAUCAAGUGGCGGCAGAAAAGAUUCAUCACAAAGCAAUUACAGAAAGGGCGGUGGUGGCGGCAGCACAGCACAAAAGCGCAUAAAUCCCCUCAGAUAUGGUGGCGUAAAUGCGGCAGAGCUUGAAUGGCAGGAAGAUGACGAAUUUUCAUGGCGGGUUGUGGAGAAGCUGAAAAUGGGCUUGAAGAUUGUUCUAGUCGUUAUUGUGAGUCUUGGUUUAUUUAGACUGAUUGAAAUACAAAAAAGCAUCAAUCAGUAAUUUAAUCAAAAUCCUCAGAUCUUAAUAUAGCAAGCAUAUAAUUAAAGAAGUAAAGUAUAUAUUAUGUUUCGUUUUUUGUUUUUAUCCUCUAAAAUGUGAAUAAUUGUACUAUACGAAGUACUACCCUGUUUCAUUAACAUUGAGACAUGAGGAAGUAGUGCGUUUGUUAAGAAAAGUCAGAUUAUGUGAUUGAUAUUGAACUGUUAAAGUAAGAACAAAGUAAGAAUGAUGUUGUUGUCC